GGGGAUUGAAAAAUUAUGGCAUUUUCAAGUUAAUAAGAUAAUUACAAAUUAAUAAUACGAACUAAAUCUUACCUUUAAAAAAUCUAAGCACAAGUAAAUACUUAUAAAACACAAGUCACUAGUAACUGAUCUGCUUAAAUUGCCGUAUUUAUACACUUGAUUGUCCUUUCUCUUUCCGUUCACUAUUGUAAUUAUUAAAAUUAAAAAAUGCAGUAGAUUUUACUGUUGGUAUAUGCCUUUUUAAAAGAAUUAACGAUUUUCAUUUUAUAUAAAGAGAUCGGUAAAGUAAACAGAUUAUCAUUCGAUCUAUAAUCGAGCUUGUAGAAUUUAGACACGACAGUAAAUUUAAAAAAAUUAAUUCAGUCAGAAUGGCAACUAAAAAAACAACGAUUGGUGCAGCAACUGACAUAGCGAAGACGAAAUUAUGUCAAUUGACAAAAUACAUAAGAGUAUUUGUUAGAACAUACGAGAAUACCUUCCAGGAAUCAUGUCCGAAUAAUGAAGAAGGUUUGUCUUUCGAUUCUCAAGAAGAAUAUGAAAAUGGCAUUGUGGAGCUAUGUUUCGAGUGUGCGAAACCAGUUUAUCCCUUGGAUCGACUCGAGAAAAUUGAUCUACAUAAAACAAUUGAAGAAAAUGAGAAACCAACUUAUUCUGAGUGGUUUUGUAUUAAAUGCGAAAAUGAAAUGGUAACAUUUGUCAAACCCGAUGAGUGUGAAUUUUGUAUAGAUAAUAAAGUAUAAUUUUUCUCGUUCAAUAAAAAAAAAAUAACAGAAAC